UUACAUUACGUCCCUAAAAAAAAAACUUGUUACCUUACGUCGUCCUAUAAGUAGCUGCGCGAUAGCUGCGGCUACACAUCUCAUAGUUGAAGAUGAAGCUUGUCGUUGUGCUCUCGGCCCUGCUCCUGCUUUCUCUCCUCGCCGUCUCCUCCGCCGAGGAAUUCGAUUUCUUCUACCUUGUUCAGCAAUGGCCUGGGUCCUUCUGUGACACGAAGAAGGGGUGCUGCUUCCCGGACACCGGCAAGCCGGCGACGGACUUCGGCAUCCACGGGCUGUGGCCCAACUACGCCAAGUGCAAGACCCGCGGCGAGCUCGACGGCGCCCUGGAGAUGGUGACCAAGCGCAAGAAGAAGUGCUGGCCGGAGAACUGCAACAGCGAGCGCCUCAAGCUCUGGGAGAUCAAGGACCUGGUGACGGAGCUGGACGCCAACUGGCCGACGCUGGCGUGCAAGGGCGGCAAGAGCAUCGAGUUCUGGACCCACGAGUGGGAGAAGCACGGCACCUGCUCCAACCUGGACCAGCACGGCUACUUCGCGACGGCGCUCGGCUUCAAGGCCCGCCACAACCUCACCGGCAUCCUCGCCGACGCCGGGAUCGUGCCGUCGGACAGCGAGACCUACUUCCUCAGCAGCAUCAGGGACGCCAUCAAGGAGGGGACCGGGUUCACGGCGAACCUCGAGUGCAACCGCGGCGUCGCCGGCGAGACGCAGCUGUUCCAGGUGUACCAGUGCAUCGACAGCGCCGGGGAGAACCUCAUCGACUGCCCGCUGCCGAUGCAGGGCAACUGCAAAGACAGGGUCCAGCUGCCGGCCUUCUGAUUAAAUUUUGAAUUCUGAUUGAACACCCGUUGCCGGCUUGCCGCCGUCCGUCGGGGUGUGGUGCGGCGGCUGAUUGGCUCGACGCGGCCCGGCCGGCCGCCUGCACAGUGCGCGGGUGGAUUACGUGAUGGAUGUACCUUUGUGUUUGCUAUUGGUUCAGUUAAAAUGCCGUCACAGUCCCGAGUUCUGGGCAUCGACGUAACGUUUACUAUUAAUUCCUGAUCUGAUCAGGCGAAUAAAGACUUUUAAUCUUGCCUUUU